CUCAACACUGAGUGCCCUGCAGGUUCACAAGAUCACACCUGACAAUGCAUUAAGCCAGGAGUGCAGUUCUUUACUGGUUGAUUAGUGUUGUGCAGCUACAUGAGAUCCUCAUUGACGUUUUCACUUUCUCCACCUCUAUCUCACCAAUGUGCAGUGUUCUGUGCUGUUCCCACCUUUUCUGUGGGUCCACAAUAAUCUCCAUUGUCUUUUUCCUUUGUCCACACCUGUGUGGGUGUGUUGCUUGUUUUCCUUGUGAUCUGCAGGUUUUCACUGGAUGCUGAAGCAUCCUCCCAUGGUCAAAUGACAUGAAGGUCAUGCUCAUUGGCAUCUCUAAGCUGUCCAAGCUCCUCCUCUGAUACAAACAGGAUAACAGCUCUCUAUAAAGGCUGAAUAAGAGCACAUCACUUAAAGCUGUCCCAGUGAAAAAGACCCCACUAAGGUAAAGUCAAACAACUGAAAAAUCUUAUAUUUAUUUAAUCUACAGUAUCAUGGCUACAAUUUCUGGUUGAGGUACUUCAUCAAUAUUUUCUCCAAACUGUCACAAAGGUUCAGUCUGUGGUUCUAUAGAAUUACUCACUGCAGUGUUGUUUUUCAUGUGAAUUCAUAUUUAUUUGAAUUGCGUAAUUCGGCAAAAAAUAAUUUUGUUGUUGUUUUAGGGCUGUAUGCCUCUUUCUUAGGUUUUUUUUGUUUACACAAAAAGUGUUUUUAACACAAUGUAUUGCAUUGCAGUCUUGCCUUUUAAUGUGUAUCUUAUUUGAUUGCAAGAAGAAAUGCUCAGAUGGUCUAACAUAGGGAAUGAAAACUCCAGAUUUGCACAAUGUGUGGUAUCCAUAAAAUAAAGUGUUUUAUUUUUUCUUCAGGGUUAAGCUAGUUUGUUGUAUUUCUUUGUAGUAUUAUUAACAUAAUGCUUAACUAAUAAAAGUAAAGAGCCAGCAUUCUGGCUGAUCAAUGUGCAGCCUUUAUUUUUUUAAACGUGAUGGUAAAUAUCAAUGUGAUCAAUAUUAUAGAUAGAGACAUUCAGCUUAUUCGGCAGGCUGUGCGAUAAACAAAAUAAGGAUCUUUUCAUUUUUGAUUUUCCUUCCCGGUCAUUAUGGGGGAUAAUUAGUUGUACUUCCUUGUCGUAAUAAUUUUAUAACCAGCAAAAAAAAAAAAUCAUGAUUAUUUUUCUCUGUGCGCCAGCAUUAUGAGUUUCAAAGCGAUGCAGAUCGCAGCCCUUGGACGACCAUUACACCCCGGAAUGCUGUAUGACUGCCGUGAUGACAGCUUCAUUCCAGGAGUUACAUUGUGGGACCCUGAAGAUAUUGAAAAGAACUUAAGUGUGCAUGAACAAAACCAAACAAAAUCUGAAAUCACUCCCUCUGACUCUCUUAGUAAGAAGUCCAGUCUGCUGGACAUAAGUGCCUCCCUGAAGGCGAGUUUCUUGGGGGGCCUGGUUGAGGUAGGAGGGUCAGCAAAGUAUCUCAAAGACAUACUGACCUUGGAAAGUCAGUGUAGAGUGACUAUGCAUUUCAGCCAGAAGACUGUGUUUAAGCAACUCAACAUGAGGAAUAUUGGCAAAAUAACUUGUGCAGAUGUGAUUAAACAUGGAACAGCCACUCAUGUUGUCACAGGUGUGCUGUAUGGAGCUGAUGCCUUCAUGGUUUUUGAUCAGACUGCUUCCAGGAAUGAAGAUAAGCAGGAAAUUCAGGGCUCACUGGAAGUCAUGGUCAAGAAAAUUCCAUUAAUUCCUAUUAGUGGCAGCGGAAAACUGCAAAUGACAGAUGAGGAACAGAAAAAGGUGGAGAAAUUCCAGUGCACCUUCUAUGGUGAUGUUAAACUUGAAGAAAAUCCAACGACCUACAUGGAAGCAGUGAAAGUGUAUAAAUACCUGCCAAGGCUUCUAGGAGAGAGAGGAGAGAAGGCUGUCCCAAUGACAGUGUGGCUUUACCCUCUGAAGUACCUGGACAAGAGAGCAGCCAAGUUAGUGAGGGAGAUCAGUGAGAACUUGAUUAUAGAAAUGGAAACUGUCAUGGAAGACCUUCAGAGAGCUACCAUCACAGUCAAUGAGCUGCUGCAAAUCAGUGAGACCAUUCAGGCUACUGAUAUACAGGCCAAACUGAAAACAUUUCAUCACAUGCUCAGGCAAUACAAGAUUACUAUACUAAAAAACAUCUCAACACUUCUUCCUAUUAUCCGUAAAGGAGCAAAGGAUAAAAAGGUUCUGGAGAAAAUUCUAAAAUAUCAUCAUGAAUCACCUUUCACACAAGCCAAGGUGAAUAAAUGGCUGGAUGAGAAGAGGACUGAACUUGAGGUGAUCAGAACGUACAUUGAUGCCUUUGAAAAUCAAAAAAAUGCCGAAAUAGUGUCUUUCAAACAGCACAGUGGAUUUAUUUUCAGCCCCCACUAUGAGUCAGUCUUCACAUUUGUCUUCACCUCCCUGAAGUAUGAAGAGCCAUACAUUUUGGAUCUCACAAAAUGUCUGUCUGAAAAGUUUAUCCGAAAGAAGAACACUGGAGAUUCCUUCAGGAAAGCUGUUGAGGAUGACAAGACAACCCCUUGGUUUCUCAAAUCGGACAUCUCACAGACCAUGAGAGACACCUUUGACCUGUUCAGUAUAUUUUCAGAUAUCAACAAACAAGAAAAAAAAAACAAAUUUGUUGUUUCCUACAUCUCUGACCCCACUCAUCCUGGGGCCGCCAUUUAUCUCCAUCAAAGAGGGAACCUGGUGGAUACCCAGUACAAACCCAUGUUAAAGCCAACUCCACCUGUAGUACUUGACAUAGGGAUCAGGAGUACAAUUCUGAAACUGCAGUCAUCUCCAACUUCAAACCCUAUGCCAUUCAGACUGGAGUUCAAGAAGGAAAAUGGAGUGAAAGACUGGAGGAUCACAGACAUACAAAAAAACCAGGAGAACUGGAUCGUCUCAGGGUUGAAGCCAGACACUGCGUACCUUCUUAGGUACAAGGCAGUCGGUGCUGGUGUAGUCAGCGAGCCCAGUGACACUGUGAAGAUUCACACCAAAAAAUUCUCAGAAAUGUUAAUCCUCAAAUUCAUGUAACAUAGGGCUGUGCGAUACGGCAUAAAACUCAUAUUGCGGUAUAAUUUGAACCAUAGACUGUAGACUGUAUAUAUUGCGGUAUAUAAUUUGAUCUGUAAAUUUCAUUAUAGCAGUUUUUGAAAGGGUAACAUAUGUCCAUAGCAA